UAGGCCAGUAGGGUAUUAGGGUGAUCAUCACUUAUAUAGUUAUAUGCCUUAUAAAACCAAAAAGUCUUCCAAUAAAUUGUUAUUUCUGUAUUUAAAAUCCAUUUAUACUUAAUUCAAAAUUAUUGGGUUAUCUUCUUCUCGUUCUAUCUCUCUAUCUUCUCAAUUCCUAUCACACGGGCACCUGUAAAUUCUUCUCAACGGAGAGAUGAAGUUGGAUCCGCGGCAUUACGAAAACAUCGCUGUAAGUGACGGUGACACCCACAACAUCGUGCUCUCAUAUCUUGUACAUAAUUGUUUUAAAGAGACCGCGGAGUCCUUUGUUGAAUGUACUGGUAUAAAGCAGCCGACUGAUUGUCUUGAAGAUAUAGAUAGAAGAAAAAGAAUCAUCAAGUUUAUCUUAGAAGACAACACCCUCAAAGCUAUUGAACUCACAAAAGAAGUAACACCAGAUUUACUAGAGGAAAAUAAGGAUUUGCACUUUGAUCUUUUGAGCCUUCACUUUGUCAAGCUUGUGUGCUCAGGACAAUGCGUCGAAGCUCUUCGAUUUGCUCAGGAGAAUCUGAGUCCUUAUGGCAGCGAGCAAAAGUAUGUUGUGAAGCUUGAGGAGUUUUUGGCUUUGCUUGCUUACGAUGAACCAGAAAAAUCACCAUCGUUUCAUCUUAUCAGCCUUGACUAUAGACAAGAUAUUGCAGAUAAGAUAAAUCGCGCAAUUUUAGGUACAUCACAUACCAAGCAACCAAGCUAUUCGUCCUUGGAAAGGCUGAUCCAGCAGAUGACUGUUGUUAAACAACACUUGAGCCAGGAACCUAACAAGGAUGGUCCUCCAUUUUCUUUGAAGGAUUUCAUUGAUUGCUGAAAACAAGAUAUAAUUAUUCUAAAUCAGGCAAGGCCACAAAGAGCCAUCAAGGUGCAUGCACAUCCAGAUCAGAGGCAAUGCAUAUGUUAAUUGGUUUUUUCAAAGAUAUGCACAAUAAAUCAAGUUUGUUCAUAGGAGAUGCCCUUUGAAUUUUGGUCUUCCUGGCAUUCACUUUCCGGUGGCUGAAUAUAAAACCGUCAUUCCAUUGUACAGACUGUAAAUUCUUCAGUAGACUUGGUAGUUGAGUGUAGCUCAUUAAAUCUCACUUACAGUAUUGAUUCAAAAGAGCGUGAUUGUUGGGUUUUCAAUUUUUUUAGACUAAUGUUUAUUGGAUACACCGUUACAUCAGAAUUCUCUAGUUUGACGGAAGGAUUCUAACAACACUACAACAGCAUAAUUUCACUUGUUAAGGGAUACGGAAGUUAUCAUCCUA